AGCAAACACCAUUCCACACAGCAAACACCACACCACAGCACACUCGACGAUACACCCGGCCACCACCCAAACUCGACCUGACGGGUGCUGUCAUGAGCGAGCCGAAGAAGCAAAGGCCGCACCCCGCUCCUCGCCAGCGGAAUGUGGUCAUCAGAUGCCGGGAAGGAAAGAAGCUCGAGUUCCCCGAGCGCGUUUGCCGCGACUCGAUCAAGCUGAUGGAGCUCAUCGCCCAUGCUCCCUCGCCUCCCGAGCAGCACACCGCUGUGGAAGUGAGCGUGGAUCUGCCGGCCAUUGGCGUGGAAGCCAUCAUGUUGCUCUUGGCCCACCACGCUGGUGGAGGGCGUGAAGCCAUGUCUGACCCACAGGCCGAACGCAACGCAUGGAAGAGCUACUUGCAUGGCCAAGACCUCUUUCGCAUCAUUGACGCCGCCUUCUACCUCGAGGUGACGCACCGAGAACAGCUCCGGUGCUUCGUCAAGGAGAUUCUCGCUGAUGCCGGCAAAGACACAGAGGCGCUGCGAAAAGCGCUCGGUGUUGUUGUGUCGAGCGGGCGAGACCCCGCCAUCAAAGUGGACCUGGACACCAUUAACCAGGCCGCCCUCAAGUACACCAAGACGGCACCGCAGUGCGCAAAGUGCGGCUUCAUCUUCUCGCUCUUCAGCCGCCGCCACCACUGCCGCCGCUGUAUUGAAGCCGUCUGUCACGCUUGCUCAACCCGCAAGAUCCCGUUCAGGCCAAGCUACCUUCAGAGUGUGAACGAGAAGCUCGACAUUCAGUUUUCCACUGCCGCUUUCCACGACUACACAGUGGGGAUGUUCAAGACUGAGACGCUUGGCCGCGUGUGCGACGCCUGUCAUCAAGAAUACCGAGAGGCGACUGGGCAACCUGACACGUGCAAGGAGGUCAUACGUGGGAUGCAGUUGUGCGAACUCGACAUUCUACAACUCCAGACGCUGCUCCCCGUGAGCAGCACCAUCGAAGUGAAUGCGCGGUUCCUGCUCCAGGACACGUGCUCUGCCUCGCGUCAGCUGCCAACAUACAAACUCUCCGAUUUCCAAAAGCGCUCGCUGUGGAUCAACCGCCACCACUUCCGCGGCCACCACCGCAUGCUUGUCAUGCUCAUGCACAGCCGCAAUUGGGAGGCGCCAAACGAGGAAGAAGUACAAGAGCUCUUACGAGUUGUACGCGGGCCGGCAAAACAGACAGUGUCGUGCCAGGCCCUCAACUGCCUCCUCCCCGAGCGCGCAGAUGCGUGCUGUCCAGAUGUUGUGUGCAUGGCUGAUCCGUCCUUUGCCAGCCGGCACCAGCUCGACUGCCAUGACGCAUUUCAGCUCCUCACCCGCCAGCCGCCAAUCAGACACACAGCGGUCCGUGACUAUCUCGUCGAGGUGCUGAGCGGUUUCGGUCUGAAGCAACGCAUCCUUUUCGUGCCAAUGCUGAUGCAGUCCCUCAAGUUUGAACCGCAUGCGCCCACAUCGUCGCUGUGGCGUCUGCUCCUUUCCUGGGCCGACAACAGGGUGUUUCGGUACAAGAUGUAUCACACGCUGCUGCUUCUCAUUGACGAUCCAAACUUCAGCCGCAUGGCCGUCCUGUUGUUGCAACGAAUGUGCCGGCACGUGAACGACCACAUUGAUCCAACGGCACUCGACGAGCUCAUGACAUCGCAGGAGCUCAUCAUGCCGCUGUUCAGCCUGCACCAGCCCGAGCUCGCACGCCAACUGGCGCUUGUGCUGGAGAGGCUGCCGAGCUUUCCUGUCGACAUUGACUGUACCAUCCUCGGCGUGGACACGGACGCCAUGAAGUCGACGAAGGGGUGCAAUGGCAUGAAUUAUCUCCCCACCACUCUUCGAACCCCCGCUACCAGCGAGGCCGGGCAGCGGUUUCUCGAGCUGGAAAGGCUGAGGGAGUUUCGGGACAAGUUGGCGCGCCGCGGUAAAACUCACCCGGGCACAUACAUGGUGUCGCUGUCGCCGCCAGGCAUCGAUGUGCCGUCCAUCUCCACGCCGGCUGAUGAGGGUCUGAGUACGAAUGUUGACACCGCGCAGACUCAGCAACAGCCACAGCCACAGCCACAGCCACCGCGGCAACUGGAGGCUGGAGAAGCGUGCAGCGCUGCAGAUGACAUGUGUCUCGAGAAGGCCCCUCAAGUGGAUGACGACGAUGAUGUCGUGGAUGAUGUCGAUGUGCUCAAGAAGUCUGCGAUGGACAAGGAGGAGGGAAAAGGGUUUGUGGAGUUCAGGACGGGGCUCGGCGUGAAGCGUGACGAUGUGCGGCCGGAUCAAAUAGCGGUUCACGCCAUCAAGUACGCGCAGCUGCUGUUGCAGUACAGCGAGGGCCUGUCGUCUGGCAGCGAGAGCGAUGCGCUGGCGGCGAGGUUGAUCACGUACGACGUGCUGCCGACGUCACCGACCGCUGGCCUGGUGCAGUGGGUGGAGCAGGCGACCGAUGUGAAGAAGAUCAUGGCCGGCCAUUUUUCUUUUGCGCAGUUCUUGCUGGAUCGCAGCAGUCCAGAGGCGAGGCACAACUUUGUGUACAGCGUGGCGGUGUAUGCCGUGCUGACGUACCUGCUUGGUGUCGGCGACCGUCACUCGGAGAACAUGAUGGUGACGCAGGACGGCCAGUUCUUCCACAUUGACUUUGGAUUCAUCGCUGGGCGCGAUCCAAAGCCCGUCUUCAACAUCAUGUUUGGCGUCAGCCAACAGAUGGUCCACGCCAUGGGGGACCUGCAAGACCUCUUCUUUGAGUUUGCCCAAACCACGUAUCUGCGCCUUCGUCGACAUGGACACGUGUUCAUCUCCAUGCUGAGCACUCUCAACACCAUGAAGCCCGAUGUUCCUGGCAGCCGGAUGUGUUCUGUGGAGGAGUUGCACACGCAGUUCUCGCAGCGGUACCAGCUGGAGAAGGACGACCAGGAGGCUGCUAAGCACUUUCGCGCCCUCAUUGAGAAGGAGCUCAAGUCAUACAACCAAGCGCUGCUGGAAGGGACGCGGACGAUGGUUGGUCAGGUGGGACGUGUGGCCCAAAGCACGGUGGAAGUGAUGCAGGGUUUCUUCACAUGGUCCAGGCGAAGUGCUUCAGCCAAGGAAACCACGAAGCAGGGCAGAGACAUGGGUGACGAUGAUGAUGAUGAAGGCGACAGCUGA